CCGCUUUGCAGCCCCUCCCUCAGCCGGGACCCUGCUACCUGCCCCUCACCGGGAUACCGGAGCAGGGAGCUCGGCGCCCUGAGAUGCCCUGUCUGGAGACACGGUAGAGCAUGCCUGGAGCUGGGAGAGGAGCCUGCAACAGGAGAGGCUGCGGCGCCCCUUAGCGAUGCCUCGGAAGACGCAGAAGUUUCUGCAGAUCGCCCCGCACUCCCUGGCCAUCGUCCUGAGCCCCGGGGCUGCGCUGGAGGCGGAGGAGAGGCGGGAGGACGCAGAGCGGCAGCCGCCGCCGGGGGAGCCGCCUGGCGAUGAGCCGCCCCAGCUCGGGCGCCACCACAUCGGCUAUGAGAUCUUCGCGGACUUCAAGCAGGAGAACAUGCAGCACUUCUGGAACCCGCGCGUGACGGCGGCCGUGGCCGAGACCUUCUUCCUGGGCUGGCUGGACGAGCAGGUGCUGCUGAUCCAGGGCAAGGAGGAGCACCUGGAGGUGCUGCGGGAGGGCUGGACGCGCCGCUCCCUCAAGCCGCCCGCCGGCUUCCGCAUCAAGUGCCUGGAAGCAGCAGCAGCUCCGCUGGCUCUCGGCACUUGGAGCAGUUUGACGAUUUCUGCUGGCUCGUUGGCAUGA